CUCGCAACCCAGCACAUCAGUCAAACCAGUUGGGUGACAUUGUGCCCGCCCUUCUGAGGGCUAGGUAUUAAAGCAUCUGCAUCUUGGAGAGAAACAAGCCCUGUCACCCCAGAGGGCAUCCCUCUUGCCGCUCUCUCCCAGUUCAGGGAGGAUUGAGUGACAGCAGAUCCAAAAACAAAAGAAAAAGAAAAACGGAAUCAUGGCAAGACAGCAAGGGGCACCCAGAUUUGGCACCGCAGGAGCUCUGCUGCUGGUUUUGGCUACCCUGAUGAUGCAAAGAGGGAUCUGCAAGCAAUGGCAUUAUGGAUAUAAUUCUUGUGAGGAUGACCAGCAGAUCAUACCCGACAGAGGUUAUCAGAUGACCCGUUCCCAUUGGGUAUGUGGGCGACAAAUUGCCCUGAAUAGAAAUGUCGGGGGUGAGGACUCUGUGGAAGGUGAAUGGCCAUGGCAGGUCAGUGUGAAGAAGAUGGGCAAGCAUAUCUGUGGAGGGGCUUUGAUAACCCAUGAUUGGAUUGUGACCGCAGCACAUUGCUUCCCACCAGAAGGUGACCUCUCCCAAUACUCCGUGCUGCUAGGGGCCAACAAACUGGAGAAUUCCUGGCCCCACAAACAGUCCAUGGGAGUUGGAGACAUAAUCAGAAAUCCCCGCUAUGCAGGGGAGGCCACAAGCGGAGACAUCGCCUUGGUGAGGCUGAUCUUCCCAGUGAGAUUCACCAAAUACAUCAUCCCAAUCUGUGUGCCUGCACCCAACGUGGACUUUCCUGCAGGCAUGAUGUGCUGGGUCACUGGCUGGGGAGAUAUCAGUGAAGGACAGGAUCUGCCUUCUCCAAAGCAGCUCCAGAAGCUUCAGGUGCCCAUAAUAGAUCUUCAGACCUGCAGACGGCUCUAUAGUAUUGACAUGGGACCAAACCUGCCCCGGAAACCCAUCCAGGACGACAUGAUGUGUGCCGGGUAUGCUGAGGGUAUGAAGGACACGUGUAAGGGUGAUUCUGGUGGCCCACUGAUGUGCAAGAUGAACCAGGAAUGGCUCUUGGCUGGUAUUGUCAGCUGGGGAGAAGGCUGUGCUGAGAAGAACCGCCCUGGUGUGUACAUCCGCCUUACCGCAUACCACGACUGGAUUCACAGGAUUAUCCCCAAUUUGGAAUUUGUUGAACCUAGGAGGGGUUACAACACCAGGAUCAGGAAUCAAGGCACUUCUGGAGCUGAUGGGAGGGGACAGGCCUUCAUAACUGCUCUGCUCCAGGUUUUGGUGUGGACCCUUAUUCAUAUCUUGCCAUAAGAUCUGUGGGGAAAAGAAGUUACAAGUGGUCAAGUGCUGCGGGGUUACCUCUCAUCUCAUCUUUCUCCCAUUUCUUGGUCACUCCUAACUUCAUCUGCCCAAGAAGAAGACACAAAUGCUGGGAGGGCAUGGAUGUCUCUGCAGAUGCAGAGGUGGUUUGGUGCUUCCUUCUCAACAGGGGGAUGCAACACCCUUUCUCAUGACCCCUACUAGCCACUGUCUCUUUCCUUUCUUGCCACAAAACUUUUACAUAUGUAUGGUGCAAUCAGAAAUCAUGGGUAGCUGGGACUGGGGGGGGGGGCUAGUGGUCUCUGGAAUAAUCAUGUGCCUGUUGUUGGCUGGUGCCUUACGGGGACAGAGUUGGACCUCUGAGGCAAAUUAAUUGAGGUUCAAACUGCAGAAAAUGCUCAGCUGUCUGAUUUCCCCACUUUUUAUUUUUUAAACAGCAAAACAGCUUUGUAAACUGACUUAAAAUUGAUUAGACUCUUUUGUUUGUUCCACACUGUAAGUUAAUGACUUUUUCCAAAGAAUCCCAGGACUGUAGGGUUUUUUUGGGGUGGUGGUGAUGGUGGUGGUGGGAAUUGUAUAUCUAUGAGGGGGAAACUACAGUUCCCAGGUUUCUUUGUGGGAGGAGGGGGUCCUGUGGUUUAAAUCUGUAUUGAAUACAUGUUAAAGGUGUGAUUUUCAGCAGACAAAUGGCCAUAAAGGAAAGCAUUAAGCAGCUCUUCCUACUACCAAUUCCAAGCCAGUUUUGCAGUAAGCAAGGAAACCACUGUUUGGAAAGUACCAUGCUACAGGACCUCACUUAAUUUAAUGGUCAGGGAAGCCGAACCUAUCCCUUAACAUGCCAUCUAAGAGCCAUCUGAGCCUCACUAUUUUAUGUCAACAGGCAUCCCCCAAAGCACCUUUCUCACCUAUGUGUGAGACACACACACAGAGAAAGAGGGCUGGACCAAUUCAUUUUGUUUCCUGGGGCACAGCAGCAAAUGAAACCUCCCUCUCCAAUCAACAUGUACAGAACGUAGGGCCAACCCAUUUAUUUUGACACUUGAGGCCUCUGCCCUUCUCUGGUAGCACAAAAAAAUACAACAAUAAAUCCAGUAAUUAAGAAUUUGAUGCCCUUUCAUGACACUGAAAACCAGCUACCUAAGGUAGCUGCCUGAUUCAGGUAAAUGUCAAUUCCUACCUCUGAUACUGAACUUGCUUUUUACUGGAUCAAAGUUGAAAAGCAAAGUCAUCAAUGUUUUUGAUACGUUCGAAUUUCUAAAGGUCAGCAUUAUCUCCACCUCCGCUCUCCCUGCCCAGGUCGAUGUAUCACAAUAUGCAUAAAAAAAAAGUUUCAACUUUAUUUUAAAAGUCCAUAUUUCAGUCUAAUACAAAACUGUCUGUUUGGGAUACGUAUGUUUGAAACAGGUUUGUGUAAGAGUUGCUUCAAGGAAUCCUUACCUUUACUCCCCCUUUAUCUAAUUCUAUCUGCCCACAUCACUUAAUGUUUUCAAGUACAGUAUACCUGAAAUACAAAAUUAUAGUGAUUUUAUGACAAUUUCAUUGUCAUGGCAUCCUGGGAGUUGCAGUUUGGGUAUAAUGGCCUGUUAGGCAUCUGCAGUAUUUCCUCACAGAACUGCAAUUUUCAGGAGGAAAGAAUGACUUUCAAAGUAAUUAAAAACUGUGCUGUAGAUGUGCCCUUAAUCAUAUGUACUAUUCCUCAGCUGGCCAUGACACUAAUCAGCAGCCAUUAUCCUGUCUUCCAUGGGUUUAACUAUUUCCCAUUACAUCAACCAAAUUAUUAGCAAUCAUGUGGUGGGUUUUGGAGAAAAUUGAAAAUGAGGCAUAGACCAGGGGUCGGCAACAUUUUUUUUUGAGGCUGGUCUGGUCCACUCCCCGGCAGACCUCUCGGUGGGCCGAAGUGUGCAUGCCUGCGCAUGCGCUCAAGCUAUUUCCAGUGCUCCUCCGGGUUGGAAGAGUGCCGGAAAUAGUGUGUGCGCAUGCGCAUGCGCACUCUUCCAUCCCAGAAGUGCGCUGGAAAUAGCGUGUAUGCACAUGUACGGCCGUUCCUCUGGGUGAGGAGUGCACGUGCACACAUGAUUUCUUGCACACUUCCGGGACAGAGGAGCACCUGUGUGCAUGCACAUAUGCUAUUUUCAGCGCUCUUCUGACCUGGAAGUUGAUCCCCGCGGUGAGAAAAAAAAGCACGGAAUCCCCACACUGAUCCACGGAAUGGUUGUGGGCCAGUUCCAGGAAGCUCAUGGGCCAGAACUGGCCCAUGGGCCUUAGGUUGCCAACCUCUGGCAUAGACACCCUGAUGGUGAUUGGCAUCACAGUACAAGGGCAAGGGAGAGCUAAGUCUUCCCUCCACCACUGUGAUUUGGUAAAUAUCAUCUUCCAUACAGUAGUUAGCAUUAAAGAGAAAAAAACACUCCCAUUGGCAGCAAUACUUUCCCCCCUCUAAUGUUAUCUGCUGCACUGGGGGAGGGAAUAUUUUUACUGAGACCAGAGUUGGGGAGGGAUGACUUAACCCUCCCCUCCCUCACACGCUGCAGUGGUGAUUACAGCCGGCCCGCCCCCGCAGCCAGGUAUUUAAUUAAAACAAACCCAUGACAUGAUAGCUAAUCACAUUGCUGGCACAAAGUGUAGUUAGGGGCCUUACAUUUUGCUUCCUUUAUGGAGUCCAGAACCAGAUGCCCUGAAACUUUGGCUCUCAAAAUAUUCUCAAGAGUCUUGUAAAUGAAUGAAAAGUGGAAAAAAAAUUAAAGGGGUGGAAAAAAAUAAAGGGGGAGUGUUCAAAGUGUUGGCCACUGGAGUGUAUGGUUUGUGUGAUUUGCAAAACAUCACAUAUUAAUAAAAUACUUUGCUUAAUAAAA